GGCAAGCGCGUGCACGACAUGGGGCUAGGGGGCGUGGCUCCGUCAACGGUUCCUCCCGGGAGAGGCGGGGCAGAGUGGGAGGUGACUCGCUCCGACGUGGGUUGUUGCUUGUGGGGCGCUUUGCCUUGUUGAGGGGCAGCCGAGAGCUUUCGGCUGACGAUGAGCGGCGGCGUGUGGCGCCUCAUUCGCUCGCUAAAGCUCCGCGCUCUCGGUCCGGAGAAACAGCGAGUAGGCACCGACUAUCUCGGGAACACAUAUUAUCGGAUCCCGAAGCACAAAACUUGGGCAGGUUACCCUUCUGUCCAGGCUUGUCGUCUACCUUGCUACUUCAGCCCUUGUAGUUCUUCUGUAUACCAAGGGGCCAAUUUUGCAGCGGGUCGGAGAGGACACUUAGGAACAAUCAUAUCUACUGCCCCGCCAGCAGACCAGGUAGACCUCAAGGAGCCUGCACCAUGCCCGAGCACACCAGACUCCACGCCGAUCGAGCCGGCUCCACAGCUGCCGAAGAAGCCUUUAAUACCAAAGCCCAUCGAUCAGCCCCUGCUACAGCCUGCUCAGCCCGCUCCAGUACUGAGCGACCAGGAGAUCCAGCCACAUAUUGCCUUUCAAUCAGUAGAUUCUCCAGUUUUCCAACUGGUCUCAAACUCAGUCCUCAGUACAAAGGGCCAGGAGAAUACAGAAGACGUCUGUAUGAGACAUCCACUACUGUCAUAGGAGUGGUGGCUGCCACUUCCAGCUGCCCAGAGACGUAAGUUUGGGCGGGGUAUAAAUUUAAUAAAUAAAUAGAAAUAAAUUCCAUCUUUGCACGGGCCUCCGUCCUAUGGGCAAAGGAACUCGUCCAACUGGUCCCACUGGAAAACGUCAAACUGUGCCAGGGCAUCAACAAGAUGGCAAAAGCAGCAGCAUUUAUGACCAACUCCAGACUGGACUGCAUCCAAGAAGUGUCCAGAGCAAUGGCCACUGGUGUAGCAGUUAGGCGAUGUUUAUGGCUAAAUAACUGGUCUGUGGACUUGAAACCCAGGCUUGUACUAGCUUCCCCUCCAUUCUCAGGAAAGAGGUUCUUUGGGGAAUUGCUCAAUCCCAUCCUCAUUGCGAUGUGUGAUAAGAAGAAAGCAAUGCCUUCUUCCUGCAGAGACACAAGGAGACCCUUUCACUUUUCCACACACUCAACACCCCAGACCGGCCUACGGGGCCUCCUUGGGCCACAUCAGAGACAAUUGCUAUUCCUCAUACAAGCCCCAGGGCAGGACACAGCGAAACAGGGCUCCUACUCAACCUCAAAACAGCAAGCCUUUCAUCUCCAACACCCAGCACUCUAGAAAGCAAUGACUCUGCUCCGGUUGGGGGCAGACUUCUCCUGUUCACCCCAGCCUGGCACCUCAUUACUCGAGACCAAUGAAUGCUGCGCACAGUAACAAAAGCAUACACCUUUGAUUCCCCCCACCACCACUACAUCAUCACCCCCAAAUCACGGAACCCUCAGAAAAACCUCAGGAGGAUGUCCCAGGCAGUUCUACAUCUCCUCCAGAUCCAGGCAGUAGAACUAGUUGCAGUGACCGACACAAGCUCAGGCGUGUACUCUAUUCUCUUCUUGGUUCCCAAGAAGGACGGUUCCUGGAGAGUGGUCCUAGAUCUAAAGUGCCCGAACAGAGCAGUCAAGAAGAGGAAGUUAAGAACAGAACAUAAGAACAGCCCUACAGGAUCAGGCCCAAGGCCCAUCUAGUCCAGCAUCCUGUUUCACACAGUGGCCCACCAGAUACCACUGGAAGCCUACAGCAGGAGUUGAGGGCAUGCCCUCUCUCCUGCUGUUACUCCCCUGCAGCUGGUACUCAGAGGCAUCCUGGAUAUUCUGGAUGGAAUCGCUUCAAACCAUCAAGGCACCAGUCUGACACAAUAAUUUCCUCACCUCAGUAGACCUUUCAGAGGCUUAUAUUCAUGUUCCUAUACAUCCAGGCCACAGGAAAUUCCUCUACCUUUGCUACAACAGCCAUCAUUAUCAAUACUGCACUCUUCUGUUAGGACUAUCCUCCGCCCCACAAGUCUUCACAAAGAUCCCGGUCACCCUAGUGACCUAUCUCCGCCUCUACUGAAUUCAGUUUCACCCCUCUCUGGAUGAUGCCCUGAUUCAUUCUCCGUUUCUGCCCAAGGCCCAAUAGGACCUUCUGUGUACUAUACAGUGCCUCAACUGUCACAGCUUCCUGAUCAACAAUGAAAAGUUACCUACAGCCGCUGCAAUCUAUCCAACACCUUGGCACCAUAAUCAAUACCGCCACCUCUCAGUCUCCCUCACUCCCCAGAGGAGGGAGAAACCCGAACCCCUAAUCUGACCACUUCUGCACCAUUCCUCAACAGAUCUGAUGCUUCUGUCUCAAGUGCUCGGAUCCAUGAUACCAUGCCUGGUGUGUACACCAUGGACAAGAUGGCACAUACUCCUAUGCACAGACAAUGUUGCCACAAAAUCGUAUAUCAACCAUCAAGGUGGCACCAGUU